AUGUUUUUGCAUAGUUUGCGAAAGUUUCCCGAUUUGUGUCCACAACCGGUGGUCACCGGAGAUGACAACAAACUGAGGAUUAAAUUAUUGGCUGUUUUUGGAGAUAACGGCGAAGAAGUGAUUGUUGUGACCGCCGAUGACCGGGUCUACGGCUUCGGGACCAACCGUUUUGGACGACUCGGACUCGGAGUGAAUGGUUUGAUCGCAAGACCGCAACUGAACGCCACUCUCACCGGAAAGAAGAUAAUGAAGAUAUGCUAUGGUUUGGGACACUGUUUGGGACUCACGAGUGGCGGACAGUGCUAUGGAUGGGGACAUAACGCGUGCGGACAGAUCGGCAUCGGGUUUGUCAAAGACAUAUCAACCCCUCAACCAAUCAAAAUAUUUAGUAACAAAUUACACGCCAAACCACUGAUAGACAUCUCAUGCGGUGAUAAUCACAGUCUUGUGCUGACCAAAGACGGCCUUAUCUACGGCUUUGGAGCCAACGAUCGGCGCCAAUGCGGCCAAACAGAGGGCGAAAUGAUUUGUACGCCAACUAAAGUGACAAUCAAUGCUAAGUUUGUGUCCAUUUGUUGCGGUCGUAACCAUUCAGCCGCUCUGACCACUGCUGAAUCAGUAUAUCUGUGGGGCAGUAAUGACUGCCAACAGUUGGGUCCCGAAGCGGUGGCAGUCGCCGGUCAGACGUACUGUUGUCCGCAUCCGUUAAAAGGUGCCAAUAAUCGCAUUUACCGACACGUGGUCUGCGGACCCGACCAUACGAUAGUGAUAACACCGGCGGACACUAUCUAUUGGUAUGGUCUCAGUCACUGGACAUAUGAUCAAAAAAUGACCGCAAUGGAUGGCCAGCACUUCAUUCUGGGAAAAGCAUACCUUUUCAUGACUUGUAUUCCCAUUGAUAUACCGAUCGGUUGUUCACUGUUUGAUAUUUAUGCCAAAUAUUGCGGUUUUGAUCGCACUUUUGAGUCGGUAUUGAAGUUAAUCCGAGAGUCGAUACCAUUGAUGAAUAUCCGCACCGAAAGCGAUGAAGAGAUCUAUUUCUCUGAUCCCGACGACGAAGAAGCCGUUCGAUUGCGGACUAAUGCGGGAACCGUUGACAAGAAGAGCACCACUUGUUGUGAUCCGAUUGUAGAUUGUUUUCAAAAGCAUUUAUUGAAAGCGUUUGACAAUCGAUUGGAUUCUGAUCUCAGAUUUAAAGCCGAAAAUAAAUACAUUUAUUGUCACAAAACUGUUCUAAAGAUUAGAAACAAAGAGUUUUGGAGAAUAUGUGAACAAAAUAUGUUUACCGAACGGGAGAUCGAAAUCAACGCCUAUUCUUAUGACACAAUUAAAGCGUUUCUCAUGUUUUUGUAUGGAUUGCGACCCGAAGUGAAUGACCAGAACUGUCGACAACUGUUAGGUUUGGCCGUAGAAUACGGCGAAAGGCGACUGAAAGACAUUUGUUCGGACACUUUAGUGACAGAUCCGACAACAAAGCCUCCGAUUAAACCACUUUCCAGUUUCCCGUUGUUUGCCAUCUUAAGUCGAAUUCUCUAUCAAUAG